CAUUCAUGCGCGAGCCGAGACGAUCAAGCAGUUCGUCGGCUGAAGAGGAAAAGCUUGCACCGGCGUGGGAUGCAUCAAUCCCGUCCCCACCAAUCACGAGUCCCCCCACCUUCCUAGCCAGGCACAGUUCUUGUCCGGCUUCCCGCUAUCGUCCAGUCCCUGCUUCUGGAAGGUUGCAUCCAUUGGAAAGCUAGUCGAAUGACGAUAAUAAUGCAUUGGCCAGCUGACUCGCUGCAACCACGCGAGAGCUGCGGUUCUUUAUAGCCCGCCUUUCCCUCUUCUUCCCCAUCUUCUCGGCCUCUAUCAAUCCGGACAGUCGCAACGAUGGUCCAUUCAUUGCUGCUCGUCGCCGCCUUGCUCGCCGACUGCAUCGCAGCGGCCCCAACCUCCCACGUCAUCCACGAGGCCCGCGACCCCGCCUCGGUGUCGUCUCGAUGGGUGCAGAAGGGUCGCGUGGCCCCCGACGCCCUCCUCCCCGUCCGCGUGGGUUUGACGCAGAGCAACCUCGACAGAGGCGAGGAGAUGCUGCUCGAUGUCUCUGACCCCGACUCUCCCAACUACGGCAAACAUUGGACCUCCGAGCAGGUGACGGACUUCUUCAAGCCCAGCGACGAGUCCACCGCGGCCGUCAAGUCCUGGCUUGAGAGCAGUGGCUUCUCCGAUUUGUCGCUGUCGGAUAACAAGGCUUGGAUUGCGUUCAACGCCCCCGCCAGCAAGGUGGAGUCUCUGCUGCACGCGGAAUUCUACGAGUUUGAGGACUCGGUCACCAAGGGCAAGGCCCCUUCCACCCACGCCUACUCUGUGCCUAAAGAGGUGCAGCCGCACAUUGACUUCAUCACCCCCGGCUUGAAGCUCUUGCCUCCUACCAAAGUCAAGGCCAAUACUUUUGGCGCCGCGCGCCGCGCGCCGUCUCCUCCCCAGUACAGCAACUACGGCCUCUCCACUUGUGACGAAGCGGUCAACCCAGACUGUCUUGCGGCCUUGUACAAGAUUCCCAAACAAACGUUGACGCCCAACCCCGCCAAUCAACUCGGCCUCUACGAGUCCAUCUUCCAGCGUUGGGAUCCGACCGAUUUGGACCUCUUCUUCACCAAUUACACCCACGGCAAUAUCCCCAACGGUACUGAGCCGGUGAACAAGGCCGUUGACGGCGGCGAAAGCGAGACUCCCCACCAUUUCGUGUCCAUCACCAACGGUGGCGAAAUCGAACUGGAUCUGGACGUUGCGUACCCCAUUGUGUACCCGCAGAAGAUCUACAUCUACGACGAGGACGACCUUCACUACCAACGCGUGGACAUUGCCAAUCUGACGACGACUUUUGGUUUCAAUGACCUUUUGGACGCUCUGGACGGCUCCUAUUGCACCUACAGCGCUUACGGUGAGACGGGCAAUGAUCCCAAUCUUGACCCGAAAUACCCCGACCCGGAGAAGCAUGGUGGCUUCAAUGGAACUCUCGAAUGUGGUGUGUUCAAGCCCCCAUACGUCUUUUCCUCCAGCUACGGCGGUCAAGAAGUAGAUGUUCCAAUCGCAUACCAAGCGAGACAAUGUAACGAAUUCAUGAAGCUCGGUCUCCAGGGCACCUCCAUCUUCUUUGCCAGCGGAGACUCUGGUGUGGCCGAUCUUCCUGCGUCCGAGGGAGGUGACUCGCCGACUGGAUGUACCGGCAGCAACAGCAACUACACCGUCUUCAACCCCGCUUGGCCCAAUUCCUGCCCCUACUUGACCAACGUCGGAGCCACCGAGGUCGCCCCUGGCGCCACUGUCGGCGGCAGCGAUGCGCAGCCAGAAGUCGCCGUCUUCUUCCCAGCCGCGAACCCCGAAAACAUCUACUCGUCCGGCGGCGGCUUUAGCAACAUCUACCCCAGACCCUCCUACCAGCAAUCUGCGGUGGAGGAGUACCUCACCAAGCACACGCCGCCCUACAAAUCCUACAGCGACCUCGCCAAAAUCGUCCCCAACCCGGCCAAAGUCAACGUCAACGAACUGCAGGGCAAGACGGGCGGCCGCUACAACUCCGCCGGCCGCGGAUACCCCGAUGUGUCUUGCAACGGCGCCAACGCUACGAUCGUCAUCCACGGCGAGGCUCUGUUGGAGUCCGGCACUUCGCAAGCUACGCCCAUCUUCGCGAGCAUCAUCAACCGCAUUGUCGAGGAACGUCUGGCUGCGGGCAAGUCGUCUCUCGGCUUCUUGAACCCCGCCUUCUAUAAGAACGCGAGCAUAUUUAAUGACGUGGUCAAAGGCCAUAAUGCGGGAUGCGGCACUAACGGCUUCGAAACCGCCACCGGUUGGGAUCCCGUAUCAGGUCUGGGCACUCCGGACUACCCCAAGAUGCUGGCGUACUUCAUGAGCCUGCCGUCGGGAGGCUGGAACUCGACUAGCUACUAGCUAGGAAAAGCCAGGCAAGGGCCGUGAGAAUCUACCUUAAUUAAAAGUGUGCUGUGUAGAUAUGUAGUGCCUACGUAGUAAUGGCGCUAUGCCACUCUUUAGAGCAAAAUGUCGACUCCUUCUCGACG